GGGAGAGAGAAGGAGCAAAUGUGCGCGGCGGCGGAGAGGGAGGGAGGACAGCGAGUGCGCAAACAGGCAUCCAGGCACAUCAGCAGCAGCAGCGGCGGCGGCGGCGGCAGAGCAUCUUCCUGAUCCUCAUCUCUCCGCGUCUUCAGCUGCCAGUUCUUCCGUGUGCGUCUCCCGGUUGACAUUUCCCCACUGCCGGGCUCCGGUGUCCAGAAGCCUCCGCCGAACCAUCACCUCCCACCACAACACUUUCUCCGGAGCUCGGUUAUUCUUAGCUCAGCUGCGAGCGACUGUCCUUCCGGUCCUUCUUUUAUUUAUCCCAGUUUCUUGAAUAUUUAAUGGAAAAUGGCGAUCUGCGCGCCGUCCUACGGUUUCUUCUGCCUGCUCACAAUCCAAACUGUACUUAUCAUUUGCGUUUCCACGCCGACAGCCGGGACCCACCUCUUCCCCCAGCACUACACGAUGAUUCACUGGGCCGGACGCAUCGAGAAGGAGCUGGAAAAGGUUCUGCAGCACGUCACUGGGACUCAGCAGAUGAGAUCGAUUUAUAACGAGAAGAAGAGCCAGUUUGAAAUCAAGAGGAACAACCCCAAGGACUUGGUGGAGAGGGUGGCGCGGGACAUCUCCAAGCUGCUGAUCAGCAAGAGGAAAGCCCUGCAGAAACUGGCCAAGGAGGCGGAGCUGCUGCAGAAGGAGCACGUAUGGCAGGACGGUGUGACGGAGAAUGCCAUUUCAUACUACGAUUCCAAAGCGGAUUCAGACUAUACGGAGGACGGGGAAGAGGAGAACCCACUGGAGAUGUCGACCUCUCUGGAGCUGGAGUUUGUGGACGAUCCCAAUUUCAAGAACAAGGUCAACUACUCGUCCAGCGCCGUCCAGAUUCCCACCGACAUAUACAAAGGCUCCCCCGUCAUCCUCAACGAGCUGAACUGGACCCAGGCGCUGGAGAGGGUCUUCAUUGAGAACCGUCGGGAGGACAGCUCUCUGCGCUGGCAGGUGUUUGGCAGUGCCACAGGAGUGACUCGGUACUACCCAGCCACUCCGUGGAGGGCGCCCAACAAGAUUGACUUGUACGACGUCCGCAGAAGGCCGUGGUAUAUCCAAGGUGCAUCGUCUCCAAAGGACAUGGUCAUCAUUGUGGAUGUGAGUGGAAGUGUCAGCGGACUCACCCUGAAGCUCAUGAAGACCUCGGUGGUGGAGAUGCUGGACACGCUGUCGGACGACGACUACGUCAACGUGGCCAGGUUCAACGAAAAGGCCGACGCUGUUGUUCCCUGCUUCAGGACUUUGGUUCAAGCCAACGUUCGCAACAAGAAGAUCUUCAAAGAGGCCGUCAUGCAUAUGCAAGCCAAAGGAACCACGGAUUACAAGUCUGGCUUCACGUUCGCCUUUGAACAGCUUUUAAACGAGACCAGUGCCCCCAGGGCCAACUGCAACAAGAUGAUAAUGAUGUUUACAGAUGGCGGGGAGGAUCGCGCUCAGGAGAUCUUUGAGAAGUACAACUGGCCCAACAAAACAGUUCGUGUUUUCACCUUCUCCGUUGGCCAGCACAACUACGACGUCACACCUUUGCAGUGGAUAGCGUGCGCCAACAAAGGUUACUACUUUGAAAUUCCAUCCAUCGGCGCCAUCAGAAUCAACACCCAGGAGUACCUGGAUGUUCUGGGCCGUCCCAUGGUGCUGGCCGGAAACAAGGCCAAGCAGGUGCAGUGGACCAACGUCUACCAGGACGCGCUGGGUCUGGGCCUCGUCAUCACCGGGACGAUGCCGGUCUUCAACCUCACUGCUGAUGUCGUCAGCGUUAAGAACCAGCUCAUCCUGGGAGUGAUGGGAGUCGAUAUCGCAAUCAACGAAAUCAAGAGGAAGACGCCGACGUACAGACUCGGAGCUAACGGCUACACCUUCGCCAUCGAUCCGAACGGUUACGUCCUGCUGCACCCCAACCUGCGACCCAAGAUCAUUAACUUCAGGGAGCCCGUCACUCUGGACUUCCUGGAUGCAGAACUGGAGGACAGCAACAAGGAGGAGAUCCGUCGACAGAUGAUUAAUGGCAAAUCAGGGCAAAAGAAAAUCAAGACGCUCAUUAAGUCGGUUGAUGAGCGCUACAUCGACGAGGCCAUGCGGACGUACACGUGGACGCCGGUGGAGGGCACAGACUACAGUCUAGGCUUGGUACUGCCCACAUAUAGCGAGAACCACAUCAAGGCCAACCUCAGCGACCAGAUCCUCCAGGUGCAGUUGCCAUACACCAAGGAUUUUGAAUCACUGCUGCCAAACAGUUUUGAGUCUGAAGGACAUGUGUUCAUUGCUCCCAGGGAGUACUGCAAUGAUCUGGAACUGUCCAACAACAACACGGAGUUCCUGCUCAACUUCAUCGCUCUGAUGGAGAAGGUGACGCCAGACUCCAAACAAUGUGACAAUUUGCUCCUUCACAACCUCAUCCUGGACACCGGCAUCAUCCGGCAGCUGGUGGAGAAAGUGUGGAAGAAUAAAGACUUGAACACAUACGGCUUCCUGGCCGUGUUUGCGGCGACAGAUGGAGGCAUAACGAGAGUGUUUCCGAACAAGGCUGCAGAAAGCUGGGAAGAGGACCCUGAGCCGUUUAAUGCCAGCUAUUACCGCCGCAGCCUCGACAACAAGGGCUACAUCUUCCGAGCGCCUUAUCGAACGGUCAGGGACGAGCUGCUGAACCCAGAAAAUGACACCAUAGGUAUUCUGGUCAGCACGGCGCUGGAGAUGACAAUAGGAGGGAAGACCAUCAAACCUGCAGUUGUCGGAGUGAAGCUGGACCUUGAAGCCUGGACGGAUAAGUUCAAGAUUCUCGCCAGCAACCACACAGACAACCGUCAAGGCUCCAACACGUGUGGACCAAACAGGGGCUGUGAGAUGGACUGUGAAGCCAACAGCGAUGAUCUCCUGUGUUAUUUAAUAGACGACGGCGGAUUCCUGAUCAUGUCCAACCAGAAGGACGACUGGAACAAGGUGGGCAUGUUCUUCAGCGACGUGGACCCCUACCUGAUGUACGCGCUCUACAACAACUCCUUCUACAACCGCAAGCAGUCCUUCGAUUACCAGUCGGUGUGCGAGCGGAUGCCGAGCAGCGAAGGUGGAGCGGCGCCCAGAGGAGUGUUUGUGCCCACGAUUGCAGAUUUUGUAAACCUGGCCUGGUGGACAUCAGCUGCUGCAUGGUCCUUGUUCCAGCAGUUUAUUUAUGGACUGGCUUACCGCAGUUGGUUUGUCACAGAUGAGGUGGAUGCAGAAGGAUUCGACUCCAAAGAGAGGAGCUGUGUAAUGAUCCAGACCCAGUACUACUUAAGCAACCUCAGCAGCUCCUACAACAUCCUGCAGGACUGUGGCAACUGCUCCAGGCUGAUUCAUGCCAAGAGGAUAAACAACACCAACUUGCUGUUUGUGGUGGCAGAAAAGAUGCCGUGCAACACCUGCGAGAUCGAGAAGCUCUCCCAGGAGGAGGAGGAGUUCAAGGAGGAGAAUCCGUGUGAAGAGAUGACUGUGGCGCGCUAUCGAAAAGGACCCUCCACCUGCUUCGACAAUAACAUCACUGAGAACACGUCGGACUGCGGGCGAGGUCACUCCUUCCGUCCGUCCCUCUGCACUCUGCUGCUCGUCCAGCUGCUCCUGCUUUACCCCGUCGUCAGUCCCCACCUCCACUUUCUACAAUAACUCCUGCACUUCUCCUCCUCUUUGCCCUCCUG